AUGCCCUCCACCAAAUGCGUCCUCAUUACUUCUGCGAAUGGGAUGAAAACAGGCCUCGAUCGGAUGCUUUCCGUCCUCUCCAGCUUCAACAUUUUUGGGGGGGACUCAUCCGAAGCCCUCGGGGCUCUUCUAUUCAUGCCUAGGCUCCACCAGGCGACCGCCAUCAUUUUCGCUUCCAGCAUAAGCUCGUAUGGCGUCGAACUCUUCUGCAGACGCCUACAGAGUGCUGUAUCUUGGAGGUAG